AUGGCGGUCCAGUCCAAACUGCUGCCCCCAGGCCGGAGCGUCAAGCAAAUCAUCUCGCAGUUGACCUCUCUCUACCUCAAACACCGCACGAACAUCUCUCGCACCGUCUACAUUACCCUAGUCGUUGCCUUGAUCCAUCGGAUCCACAAUGCCAUAUCAGAACAAAAGGCCGCAGCAAGGAGGCAAGCUGAGAUUCAGCGUGAGCGGGCUCGACACUCGCAGCAGACCCCCGAGGACCCAGAGGCGAAGAACCCAAAACAACAGGAGGAACAUCGAAAGAAACGGGUCGAGAUCAAUAGAGAGUUCUUCCGCAAUCUACUUCGUCUCCUCAAAAUCGUGAUACCUGGCUGGAGAAGCAAAGAGCUGAGGCUCAUCAUCUCCCACAGCGUGUUUCUCGUCAUCCGCACCCUCCUCUCUCUGUACGUUGCCGAGCUCGAUGGCAAGGUGGUAUCCGCACUCGUCCGGGGCAAAGGACGAGAAUUCGUCUUGGGUCUUGUGUGGUGGAUGGUGGUGGCCGUACCUGCGACCUUCACGAACUCGAUGCUUCAGUACCACCAGACGCGCCUUGCGCUGGCCUACCGGACAAGGUUAACACAAUACAUCCACGAAAAGUAUCUCAACAAUAUGACCUUUUAUACUCUCUCGGCGCUCGAUGAUCGAAUAAAGAACGCCGACCAACUCAUCACCGUUGAUGUGUCUCGCUUCUCCAACUCCCUCGCAGAACUCUACUCCAACCUGGCAAAACCUCUCCUCGACAUGGUGAUAUAUAACUAUUCCCUCUCAAAAUCUGUCGGUGGUGAAGGUCUCUUCGCUAUGGCCCUACUCGUACAAAUAUCCGCCAACGUCAUGCGCGCUUUAACGCCCCCGUUCGGAAAAUACGUGGCCGACGAAGCGCGAUUGGAAGGAGAAUUCCGUUUCCAACAUACGAGACUGAUCGAUUAUAGUGAAGAGAUCGCUUUAUAUGCCGGCCACGAGGCUGAAAAGGAUGGUUUAGACAAGGGCUAUUUCACGCUGAUCAAACAUGUCAACCGCAUAUUAAGGAGACGGUUCUACCAUGGCUUCAUGGAAGACUUUGUCAUCAAAUACUUCUGGGGUGCCCUCGGCCUUCUUCUGUGCUCAUUACCUGUUUUCUUCAAAAUUCCCGGUCAAAAUCUCACCCCGGGAGAAUCCAGGGGGGACCAUACUGAGUCUUUCGUCACAAACCGUCGCAUGCUCCUGAGCAGUUCGGACGCCUUCGGCCGCAUCAUGUUCUCCUACAAGGAAAUCACCGAACUAGCCGGUUACACAUCCCGCGUUGCCGGUUUGUUAGACGUGAUGGACGAGGUCUCGGCGGGCCGAUUCGAGAAGAAGCUGGUCAGUUCGGCUUCGACAGAAGAAAACGCCGCGGUGCUCAGAGGAAGAGGGACGAUUGAAGAAAGCGAAAACAUCGAAUUCACCGACGUCCCCAUCGUAAGCCCAAAUGGCGAUGUUCUAGUGAAGAAAUUAACGUUUGCGAUCAAACCUGGCGAUCACCUGUUGAUUGUUGGUCCUAAUGGAUGCGGGAAAUCCUCGCUUUUCCGGAUCCUUGGUGGCCUUUGGCCCGUUUAUGGCGGAUCUGUGAAGAAACCCAGGUUCGAAGAUAUAUUCUACAUCCCCCAACGACCAUACUUGAGUCGAGGCACACUCAGGGACCAAAUCAUCUAUCCGGACACACUGCGUGAAUUCCGGGCCAAGCAUGGUUCGGAAGAGCAACUCGGGCAGAUCCUCUCCAUUUUGGAAAUUGAAUCCAUCGUCAAUAGACCUAACGGAUGGGACGCCGUGGAAGAAUGGCGCGACGUCUUCUCCGGCGGGUUGCAACAACGCAUAGCCAUGGCUCGCCUCUUCUACCACAAGCCAAAAUACGCCAUCCUGGACGAAUGCACUAGCUCUGUAACUCUGGAAAUGGAAAGGAAGAUGUAUGAGACGGCCAAAGGCCUGGGAACGACGUUGAUGACCGUGAGUCACCGACGCAGUUUGUGGAAGUACCACAGCAUGAUCUUGCAGUUUGAUGGACAGGGUAAUUACGUGUUUUGUCCGUUGGACGCCGAGAGGAGGAUCAAGCUGGAGGACGAAAAGGAGGAGUUGGAGACGUUAUUGAGGGGUGUAGAUGCAUGGGAGGCACGGCUCAAGGAGUUGGAAGAGGGUUGA